UGCUUGGAUACGACGGACGGGGAUGGGGACGAAGCGCCCGAGCAAGACAUCGCAACAUCAUGGCGUUGAAGCAUUCGACUUCGUAGCAGCAGGACAUCAAGGAGAAGCUGAUGGUGACGAGGACAACCUCGGCUCCGCUUUGCUAGACAUCAUCAAGGCCGUGGACGUGGAUCGCCUUCGCACUGUUGCCGGCGCCGGGACAUCGUUCGAGUGCUUGCUCGUAAUUAUGAAUUGGAUGCACAAGUGGCAGCAAGAGUACGAAUGCAUCAUGUCGUCCUUGACCCUAUACACGGAAACAUUGAGCAGAAACCUGGACGACAACGAGGCGCAGGAAGACACGGCAGGCGAGAUCAAGGAGAUCGAAGACGAGGGCGUCCAGGUGCUCGCGGGGUUUGAAAAGAUCGCGCUCGCGCUGCUCCGAAGCGACAGCUUUGUCCCCAUCGACUUGUUGGACGACAUGGGAUGGACGCUGCUCAUGCAGGCCGCCAACUGCGGUGCUGCGUCGUUCGUCCACGCGCUCGUCCAUGAUUUUGACGCGGACAUUGAGAAGCGCCAACACAAUCAUUCCCUUGGCACACCUGCAUUGGCUCGAGCCAUCGAUGCGGGACACGUGGAUGUGCUCGGGGAUCUGUGCAACGCCGCCAUGGCCAACGCCGUGUUCAAGUACAAGUGCGACGACGACGAGGCCGCCGACGACGAGGUGCACACCCCGCUGACACUGGCAUGUCGCGGUGGACAUGAAAACAUCGUAUCGUUUCUUCUUGGCCAAGGCACGGUGGACGUCAACUUGAAGCUGCCUGACUCGGAAGACUCGGCCCUGCACAUUGCCGUUUGCUUUGACAUGGAGGCCAUCGUCAAGCUGCUGCUCCAGCAUCCAACCACAGACAUUAACGCCACCAACGCACAGGGCUAUACGGCGGCGUUUGGUUGCUCCAACGCCGCCCUCGUGGACACGCUCUUGUCCCAUGGAUUGGACUCAACAAUUGAAGGCUUCCAGGGCGAAACGCUGCUCGACAUGGCGCUGGCACUGGGAGACGAAGAUGUGGCCACCAUUGUGUGCACUCGAUUAGAAGCGGACGCUGUGGCAGCGGUCGCGACCAACCAGUCCAGUUAGAAUAACUCAAGUAGCAUUACCAUCGGGUAGAUGUACAGUACAUCCCAGUUGUCUGGGUUCUUUGGUAGGUAGUAUGGGAUAUCUAGAAUGAUAUACAAAUUUUGGCUGAAAGCUCAAAUUUGUAUAUUUGUGCUGAUUCACGAAAUCAAUCGGUCGAUUUUUGUAUAGAUACUAUGAACUACUAGUAGUACUAUUAUUAAUAAUAGUACUAUUAAUAGAGCAAUGUUA